UCUCUCUCUCUCUCUCUCUCUCUCUCUCUCUCCCCAAGUCUAUAUGCACUGAUUGUCGACUGUACAUGGGAUUUUGGAAAGUUUUUUUACUUUUUAUUUUUUGCGAUUUGGUGCAAUUUGUGGUGUUGCCUAUGAGGUCAAAGAAUGCUCGUGGACAACGGGGUUCAUAUCCCAUCAAGCUGUUCUACACCUCCAAUAUGCCCAUCAUUCUGCAGUCAGUACUUGUCCCCAAUCUUUACUUCAUUUCCCAGUUGCUUUACUGGAGAUACAGUGGAAAUUUCCUUGAGAACUUGUUGGGCAAAUUGAAGGAAUAUGAAUAUUCUGGGCAAUCUGUCCCUGUUGGUGGUCUUGCAUACUAUAUAACUGCACUAUGGUGUGUGUGUCUCAUUUUAGUCUGA